AUGGCUCAUCAAAUUUACCGUGGUGUAUCAUCGGUGAUUAAUGAUUGCAACUUGGUCGAUAUCCCGAUUGAAGGGUAUCAAUUUACAUGGGUGAAGAGUAGAGGUACUGAGCAUAUGAUCGAGGAGAGGUUGGAUAGAGCGUUAACUGAUACAGAUUGGCUUCAAUUGUUUCCUAAUGCUAAACUUUUGAAUCUAAUCGCAUCUCACUCGGAUCAUAGCCUCAUUAUGCUUGAUUGCGAACCUAAGCCACAUGUAAAGCGUAAAUUUACGUUUCGUUUUGAAAAUAAGUGGCUGAGCGAGGACGGUAUUAAGAAAAUAGCGCAAGAUGGUUGGAAGGUGGGAGAGGUUCUGGAAGUAGAAAACCGUAUUGCCAUGUGUCCAGACAACUUGGGUGAUUGGGAUAGAAAUCGAGGUCGGGAGGAGAGGCUGGAAAUGGUGUGA